AGCCCGCUUUCUCUUUAAGAUUAGGUCUGUUAUUAUUUAACUUUCAAAAAACAGUUAAUACAAUAUUAUACUAAAGUAACCCUAAUUUUCAGACAUGCCCAAAGAGCAAAGAGAUUAAGAAGACUGCAUGUAUUGUUUGAUACUAACGUACAUACAAUAUCAUAACCCCCAAGCUUGAUGUCCAAGCAACCCAUUUUAUUCCUAGAAAUCCCAUUCUCUCUCUCUGUCUCUGUUUAUAAAUUAGCCUCUAUCAAAUUCUCUCUCUCUCUCUCUCUCUCUCUCUGUCCAGGAAUAGCUACUUGCAGCGAGCUUGAAGCCGAGACAACAGGGAAAAUUCCUUUGUGGAAUGAGAAUAAGAGAAACACUAUAGAGAUGACAUGGUGCAGUAAUAAUUCAGUAUAUGAAAGAGCCAUUCAAUUAGCCACAAGUAGCUCAAAAGAAGAUGUUUUUGUCGAAGCAGAAACCAAUGAAAUUCGGAGGAUAACUUGCCCUUCUUGUGGCCAUAAUUUUGAGUUCCAAGAUCAGGGUGGUAUAAUUCAUGAUUUGCCGGGACUACCAGCAGGAGUGAAGUUUGAUCCAACUGACCAAGAAAUACUUGGGCAUUUAGAAGCAAAGGUGUUAUCAGACAAGCGUAAACUCCAUCCUCUAAUUGAUGAAUUUAUCCCAUCAAUAGAGGGGGAGAAUGGAAUUUGCUACACUCAUCCUGAGAAUCUACCAGGAGUAAGCAAUGAUGGCCAAAUCCGCCACUUCUUUCAUCGUCCGUCAAAGGCAUACACAACUGGAACUAGAAAACGCAGAAAGGUGCACACUGAUGAAGAUGGAAGUGAAACCAGAUGGCACAAAACAGGCAAGACUAGGCAAGUUUUUGCUAGUGGGAUAGUCAAGGGAUUCAAAAAAAUUCUGGUGCUCUACACUAAUUAUGGUAGGCAAAGGAAACCUGAAAAGACAAACUGGGUCAUGCAUCAAUACCAUCUUGGAGACAAUGAAGAAGAGAAAGAUGGAGAGUUAGUGGUUUCAAAGGUUUUCUAUCAAACUCAGCCAAGACAAUGUAGUUCAAGCAUUAAGGAUUCACUUGACAAUAAAUCGUCAAAUCAAAGUGAUCUUGUUGAUAGUCACCCUCUAGCCAAGAACAGUACAGAUCUCCUUGAGUUCUAUAAUCCAUCUUAUAUUUCUUAUGAUCAGGGGAAUUACAGCAGUGAAAUCCCACCUCAAUUUCUCCCUAAUUUGGUUGUUCAAGGUGACGGGUCUCCCUUUACUAGAUUAGCUGCAGAGACAAGCAAAGGAAAGCUUCAGAGAAAAUGGUGAUGAGAGAAAGAGCAUUUGGUAGAGCAGAAAUGACAAAGACUCCUCCUUUGUGCAUGGUUGUUGCUGUUGGUGUGGUGUAACACUCAUAUAAUUUAUUAGAUUGAGGUUUUAGUGAGAGAAAAAAGAAGAAAGGAGAAUAAGGUGAAUGGCUUCUUCAGUUAAAAAGAUAAUAAGCCAAGUUCGUAGGAAGCCUUUGCCAUGAAGCUCUUUUUUAGUAGUUUUCAAGUGGGGAGGUGGUGAUAUCUUUAUACCCGUAUAAGGGUGAGGUUAAUCACGUUAUUGUAGAAAGUGUACAAAGAGAACUUUAUUAAUUAGCUGAGGAAAUAUUUAGGGGUUAGCUUGAGUUUCAUCGAUCAUUGUUUACAUAUACUUUCUUUCAUAAGCUUAUGCUUGGUGAAUAUUAAGGAUGAAAAAUAGUUUUA